AUGAUUCCAGUCACUGAAUUACGCUACUUUGCUGACACUCAGCCCGCAUACCGCAUCCUGAAGCCAUGGUGGGAUGUCUUCACAGACUACAUUUCCAUCGUGAUGCUGAUGAUUGCAGUGUUUGGUGGGACGCUUCAGGUCACCCAGGACAAAAUGAUUUGUUUGCCCUGUAAAUGGGUUACCAAAGACUCUUGCAAUGACUCAGUCAGAGGUUGGACAUUUUCAACCCCAGAGCGUAUCUACUAUAACUCCAGUCCUGUUCCCCCUACGGAUGCAGGGCCUAAAGGGAUCAAAUAUGAUUUGGACCGGCACCAGUACAACUACGUGGAUGCGGUGUGCUAUGAGAACCGUCUUCACUGGUUUGCCAAGUAUUUUCCUUAUCUGGUGCUGCUACAUACUCUCAUCUUCCUGGCUUGUAGCAACUUCUGGUUCAAAUUCCCAAGGACCAGCUCCAAGCUGGAGCAUUUUGUGUCUAUUUUGCUUAAGUGUUUUGACUCUCCAUGGACAACAAGGGCAUUAUCUGAGACAGUGGUGGAGGAAAGUGAUACCAAGCCAGCAUUUGGGAAAAUGAAUGGCUCCAUGGACAAGAAAUCCUCCACAGUCAGUGAGGAUGUGGAAGCUACUGUUCCCAUGCUGCAGAGAACAAAGUCUCGAAUUGAGCAAGGAAUUGUGGACCGGUCUGAGACUGGUGUCUUGGACAAAAAGGAAGGUGAACAAGCCAAAGCACUCUUUGAGAAAGUGAAGAAGUUCCGCACACAUGUGGAAGAGGGAGAUAUAGUUUAUCGCCUGUACAUGAGACAGACCAUCAUCAAAGUGAUCAAGUUCAUUCUGAUCAUCUGCUAUACUGUUUAUUAUGUCAACAACAUAACGUUUGAUGUUGACUGUAAAGUGGACAUUGAGAGCUUGACUGGCUACAGGAUGUACCGCUGUGCUCACCCUUUGGCCACUCUCUUCAAAAUCUUAGCAUCUUUCUACAUCAGUUUGGUGAUAUUCUAUGGCUUGAUCUGCAUGUACACACUCUGGUGGAUGCUGAGGCGAUCGCUCAAGAAAUACUCCUUUGAGUCCAUCCGGGAGGAGAGCAGUUACAGUGACAUUCCUGAUGUGAAAAAUGACUUUGCUUUUAUGCUCCACCUGAUCGAUCAGUAUGACCCCCUGUACUCCAAGCGCUUUGCUGUCUUUCUGUCAGAGGUGAGUGAGAACAAACUGCGGCAGCUGAACCUCAACAACGAGUGGACUCUGGAGAAGCUGCGCCAGAGGAUCACCAAGAACUCCCAGGAUAAGUUGGAGCUGCAUCUCUUCAUGUUGAGUGGUAUUCCUGAUACGGUCUUUGACCUCAUUGAGCUGGAGGUCUUGAAGCUGGAGCUUAUCCCUGAUGUCACUAUUCCCCCAAGCAUUGCUCAGCUCACCAGCCUUAAGGAACUGUGGCUCUACCACACAGCUGCCAAAAUUGAGGCUCCAGCCCUUGCCUUCUUGAGGGAGAAUUUGAAAUCUCUUCACAUCAAGUUCACAGACAUCAAGGAGAUUCCUCUUUGGAUUUAUAGCCUGAAGACACUAGAGGAGCUUCAUCUGACAGGAAACUUGAGUGCUGAAAACAAUCGGUACAUUGUCAUAGAUGGAUUGAGGGAGCUGAAAAGGCUGAAGGUGUUAAGGUUGAAGAGUAACCUGACCAAACUGCCACAGGUGGUGACAGAUGUUGGGGUGCAUCUUCAGAAGCUUUCCAUCAACAACGAGGGCACCAAACUCAUUGUUCUCAACAGCCUUAAGAAAAUGGUCAACUUGACAGAGCUUGAGCUGAUCCGCUGUGACUUGGAACGCAUUCCUCACUCUAUCUUUAGCCUCCACAAUCUGCAGGAGAUAGACUUGAAGGACAAUAACCUAAAGACUAUUGAAGAAAUCAUCAGCUUCCAACACUUACAUCGUCUCACUUGCCUUAAAUUGUGGUACAACCACAUUGCCUAUAUCCCCAUGCAAAUAGGCAACCUCACCAAUUUAGAGCGCCUUUACCUGAACCGUAACAAGAUAGAUAAGAUCCCCACCCAGCUCUUCUAUUGCCGAAAACUGCGAUAUCUGGAUCUCAGCCACAACAACCUGACUUUCAUACCACCAGAUGUUGGACUUCUUCAAAACCUACAGAGCCUUGCUGUGACAGCCAACAGGAUUGAAAGUCUCCCACCAGAGCUGUUCCAGUGCAGGAAGCUGAGAACCUUGCACCUGGGAAACAAUGUGCUGCAGUCACUUCCAUCCCGGGUUGGAGAGCUGACAAAUCUGUCACAGAUAGAGCUGCGAGGGAACCGCUUGGAGUGCCUGCCUGUGGAGCUGGGGGAGUGUCCUCUGCUGAAACGCAGUGGGCUGGUGGUGGAGGAGGAUCUGUUCAACACACUGCCCUUGGAAAUCAAAGAGCGGCUGUGGAGGGCAGACAAAGAGCAAGCUUGAACCCUUGGAAAAAGGGAAAAGCUUCUGACCAACUAGAAGGAAACAAAAGGCCAUUCCAGUCCCCUGUUCCCCACAUUGUCCCCUUUCUUCCCUCUGAUCACCACCAGACUAGCCAAGGAGUCCCUGAACAAUCACAACUCUGAAUGAGGUGGCUUCUUGCCUCAGAUGCAGGAUGGGGGAAGCUUGGAAUGAGGAUCAAAACAGAUUAAUUGGCCUCUGA